AUGAAAACCGACUUAAGCAUAGAGAUGCCAGACGGACGGUUAAAACAAUUUGGUUACAGAGCUACUGUAACUUGCAAAGUUAUCAUCCGCAUAUUGUUUGUACUUAUUAACAACAUCUAUUGUAUACCAACGUAUUGUGUUUGGAUGAUUAUAUUUUUCCCCUUGCGGAAGAUUCACCCAAAUCUAUACUGGAAACUUGAAGGCUUAUUUUUCCAUUGGCUAUUAGCAAUGGUUUCUAUGUGGUCUUGGUCAGCUGGUUAUGACAUUGUUGAAAUGGGUGAUGAUAUUAGAUUAUGUUUGAAUGAUCGUACACUAGUGUUAGUUAAUCAUCAAUCUACAGCAGAUGUGCCAAUGUUGAUGACAAAUUUUAAUUCCAAGGCCGGUGUGUUGCCCAAUAUUAUGUGGAUCAUGGACAGGAUAUUCAAGUUUACUAAUUUUGGUAUUGUUUCUAUUAUACAUCAGGAUUUUUUUAUUUUAUCGGGUAAAGAUCAAAGAGAACAAGCUGUUAAAGAAUUAAGAACUCACAUUCGUGGAUCAUAUUUGCCUCGUCAGCGAAAAUUAAUUAUUUUAUUUCCAGAAGGUGGAUUUUUAAGAAAAAGACGAGAAGCUAGUCAAAGGUAUGCACAGAAAAAUAAUUUACCUUUACUAGAACAUGUUACAUUACCAAGAUUAGGAGCUUUUUCAGCAAUCAUUGAUGAACUUUCACCAAAACAAACAAAAUAUGGUGGUGUGACUAACAAUAAUACUGAAUUCAAUGAAAAUACUGACAAAUUAGCAUGGAUUUUGGAUGUAACAGUUGCAUACUCAGAAGGAAGACCGUUGGAUUUACCCACUAUCAUUAUGGGUCAGAGAAGAGCUUGCCGUACACAUAUGUACUACAGAUUAUUUCCCAGUUCACUUGUUCCUAGAGAACAAGAAGAAAUGACUAAAUGGUUGUUUGAUCGCUGGGAAGAAAAAGAACGUCUUCUAGAGACAUUUUAUGCUACUGGUGAAUUCCCCAGUCAUAAAGGAUCUCGCCAAACAGCUGUCAUCCAACAGGAUUGCGUACGGUUCCUUAUAUUACAUCUAUUUUUUAUUGCAUCGUCAUAUGCCCACUACAGGAUUAUUCAUUAUUUGAUUGGAUUAGUAUGGUAAACUGAAGAAACAAAAAAAAAUAAACAAAUAGAGGAAAAACGAACAUUAUAUAUGUUGAGUUUUUCUGUAUACAUAUUAUAUUUAUUAUAUAUAUGUAUAUACUAUAAACUUAAAUAACAGCUGGUAAUAAAACCAAUGAAUAAAUGUGAUUGAACUCUAGGUUGUAAAAAAUACAAAAUAAACAUUUUUAUAAAUAACAUUAACAUCUAAAGAUAUCACUUACAAAAUAACUUAACUAAAAAGCACGAACGAGUUUAGUAACUGUGAUUUACUUUUACAUGUUUAAUAUUUAAAUUAUUAUGUGAACAUCAAUGUUUAUUUUGUUUUCUUCUAACUAUUGAUUAAA